AUGGGUGACAUUGGAUGGCCAACUCGCCGCCGUCAACGGCUACGCAACCAAGACGACGUGCAGGGGGUCUCCAACUACGGGUUCUCUAUUCCACGGUCCAUUAUGCAAGUAAUGGAUCCUGAAGCCAAAAUAGUUAAAAACCCAGUUGUACGAACGAACCGGGACUGGAAAACCAGUAAGCAGCUGAACAGAAAACAAGAAUUCUUCUUCCCCCUCGACACCGACAAUGAUGUCCGACAAACAUGCCAAUCGACGCGUGUGCCACCACAAUCCACCAAUAACUCACCUAAAGUCUGUUCACCAGCUAAAGGCGAUAUUCCCAUCCGGAUUGGGAAGUCCGCAGCAGCUUUCUUGAACCUGCAUCAACCGUAG